AUGCCGCCCAUGAGCCAGAAAGACCACCGAUACGUUACCCUGCGCGCUUGGUACGCCUCCCUAGGCCUCCGCCCAAAUCGACAUCCCGUAAAAAUGAUCCACUUCGUCUCCAGCACCCACGAUCCCCAGCACGAUAAUCCGCUGCUCCAGUACCUCGACAUCCCCGUGAUCCUGGAGAUGAAUCUCAAAUGUCUCGCGCCCUGCUCUCCGCACCUUGUCGCGCGCGGCUUGGACGGCCUUACCGCAGAGGUAUUCAACGACUUCGCCUCCAAUCCCGAAGCGAACGAGGCGUGGAUGGACGCGUGCCGACUCAUUGAAAGCCGACUCAUGGACCUGGAGGCUGGCGGAAGGCGGCCGGGUCACGUGGCUGUGGUUGUGAGGUCGAAGCUCGGUCUGCAUAGGAGCGUGGCGAUGGUGCGGUGGUUGACGGGUGUCUUCAAGGAGAAGUACACGGUUCGGGAAGUCCAUGAAGUGUUGGGGAGACAGUUCUGGCGGGGUUCCGGGUUCGACAAUGAAUUUUUGAAGGGGCAUGGGAGACGGUGGAGCACCUGA